UGUAGCACUAAUCAGUGUAGUUCGGUGUCUCACAAAUACCUACCAAUAAACAAAUAUGUUCUUCAAACUCGCUUUGAUUGCGUGUGCCUUUGUGGCCUCGUACGCCCAACACCACCAUGGAGCGUCGUCCUAUGCCUCCCUCAACUUGGGACAUGGUCAUCACUCAGCCCCAGUUUAUCACCACGCCGCACCGGUAGCCUACCACCAUGCAGCUCCCCUCGUUCACCAUGCCGCUCCCCUCCACGCCGCGCACCAUGUGGACUACCACGCGCAUCCAAAAUACGAAUUUAGCUACGGCGUAGCUGACGCCCACACACACGACCACCACAGCCAGCACGAAUCUCGCGAUGGAGACGUCAUCCACGGUGAAUACUCCCUGCACGAAGCCGACGGUACCAUUCGUACCGUUAAGUACACGGCCGAUGACAAAAAUGGUUUCAACGCGGUCGUCGAGCGAUCCGGGCACGCUGCCCAUCCUGAUACCCACGCCAAAGUUGCCAUUGUGGGACACCAUAGCGGAUAUCAUUACUAA